AAAUAACAACAACGGGGCUAUUUUUAAACCCGCAAAACCGGUUUUUCAUGCUGGAUCAAUACACAGAGCUAACUACAAUCAGCGGUUUGGUGGAAUAGGACACAUUUAUAACUCUGGUGUCCAAGAGAUAUGGAAGUGUUCCUCACCCUGUUUGCAGGACUGUUUACAGUUGCCUGCGGACAAAUUAAUUUUGCUCCUGUGUUUGACACGGUCAAUACGACGGGUGUGGAUGGAGACUUGAGACAGAGGCUGGUAACGCAAGGAGUGUUGGAGAGUACGGCAGAGUUCACAGUACUUGGAAAUUUGAAAGCCCAUGUGCCAGGAAAUCCCAAUGCCCUGCUUAAGUAUGAAGCUACAAGUGACCAGACUUUGAUGGUCAUUGAGAACGGAACAGUUCUCCUAAACCGUCCACUGGACAGAGAGGCAGCCUCCUCCACGGGGAAUAACUUGAAAGUUACAUUUGUGGCUUACUAUUUGACCAGUACCGGUGCCAGACUUUCUGCUGAUACAUCCAUCACUAUAACUGUUCUUGAUGUCAACGAUGUGGAACCAGCAUUCCAGAAAUUGCCAUACAAUGCAAAAGUAGCCGAGGAUGCCAGUGUUGGAUUCACUCUGUACAGUUCCAUUGAGGUGAUUGAUCUGGAUGUAGGCUAUUACUCUGAGAUUAGCCUGAGCUGCUAUUUGGAUCAACAAUCUGCAGAGAGUAGAGCUCAGUCCCAAGAAGCCUGUGAAACUUUUGGUGUGAACACUCGACAGAACUCCCAGGGUAACUACACUGGGUUUGUUUUCCUAAAGAAACCCCUAGACUAUGAGGUGAAGAAAGGCUACACCAUGACAAUCCAAGCCACUGACAACCCGACUCGGUCUGGUACAGGAGUUCAAUUGAUGACCACAAUCAACAUCCUAAUAGAGGUCAUAGACAAGCAGGAUUCCCCGCCCCGGUUCCUCAGCACCCCCAUCACUGUCACUCUGUAUGAGAAUGCCGAUAAUGGUACAAGGGUUGGUUCUGUCACAGCUCAAGAUGGAGAUGAAGGGAACCCCCGGCCAAUCAAAAUUGUGAAUAAAGACCCAAACAACCUGUUUUACCUGAUGCCUGCUGAACCACAGGCCCCAGCAAACCUCCAGUAUGUGUCCAGAAUCCAAGUCUUUAAGAACAUAGACCGCGAGACCCAGCUCGCCAGAUACGAUUUUGAAGUUGAGGCGAUAGAGAUGGAGAAUGGAGUAGAGACAGACCAGAGGGUGACCACCAAGGUCAUCGUGACGAUCCUGGAUGAGGAUGACAACAUCCCCCAGUUUCAGCAGUCAUUGUACAACGUAUCUGUCCUGGAGAUGGACAGUAGCACCCUGGUUAAUGCAGCUACCACUGUACCAGGUCUAAACAUGAGGGUCUCAGACCCAGACGAUCCAACAAAUGCCCAGUUUGGCAUCUCCAUACUGAGCCAGCCUACUGCUGGUCUGUUCAGUGUGUCACCAACAAAUGCCACUCAACAAGCUCAAGUCACACUGAUUGUCAACCAGGCCAACCAACUGGAUUAUGAAAAUCCCAGUAUGCGCAGACAACAAAUCCUGUUGUUGGCAAGGGAUCUCAAUAACCCAACUGACCAUUCAUCAACUGCUACCGUGAUAAUAAACUUGGAGGACAGCAAUGAUAAUACCCCAGAAUUCCUAGUUCAAGAAUACCGGGCCUCGGUGCGCGAGGAUCAAGUGGUUGGAACCAGUAUCAUUAAAAUCACUGGCUCUGACAAAGACAGUGGAAACAAUGGUCUGUUGACUUAUAGUCUUCGUGGUACUGGAAUAGAAAAAUUUAGUGUUGACCCAUCAACAGGCCUUGUCACUUUAGCUCAGACUCUGGAUUAUGAGAACACACCAGCUUAUCAGUUAUUGUUCAGAGCUCAGGACAACGGUACCCCUAGCCGUGAAGCUUCCGUCAGUCUGACCAUCACUGUCCUGGACUAUAAUGACUUUGGUCCCAUUUUCAAUCCCCCCUCCUACCAGACCUCAGUCAAUGAAGGCGAGACAAAUAUCUUGAUCCCAGUCAUUGUGAAGGCUCGGGAUCAGGAAUCCUUGGACAACAUCACCUAUACAAUAGUUUCUGGAAAUACUAUAGACAAUGCCUUUGUUCUUCAUCCAAGAACUGGGGUUCUGUCCAUGUCCAGAGGCCUUAACUACGAGGAGACACCUCAAAAGAGGGGAACUUUCCGACUGAUUGUAAUGGCCACGGACGCAGACAGCCCCCCUCAGUCUGCCAAUACAACCAUUGAUAUCUCAAUUAUCGACAAAAACAACCAUGACCCCCAAUUUGUGCAAUCCCUGUACACUGCUACCAUAAGUGAAGGAGUUCCUACAGGAUAUUUUGUGAAAUCGGUUUCGGCCACGGACCAGGACUUUGGGUCCAAUGGGAACAUUACUUACUACAUCUGGAGUGGAGGUCUGGACCACUUCACUAUUGACCAGAUGGGUCAGGUCACCGUCAGCUCAGGGGCAGCGCUUGAUGUUGAUGAUGUCCGCAGUUACAACAUCCUAAUCCAUGCCAGAGACCAGGGCAGUCCCCCCAGAACGGGGUCCACCACCCUCAGUGUGACCCUCACAGAUUCCAACAACAAAGACCCCUUCUUCUCACAACAGGUGUACAUAGGAUCCAUACAGGAAACUGUGUCUGUUGGAACCUCUGUGUUACAAGUGAAAGCUAAUGAUACAGACAGCACAAAAUCACUCCAGUAUUCCAUUGAAAGACUCAGCAUUAUUGCCAAGAGCACAGACGGAACACCGAUAGCCUCAAUUUACCCCUAUGACUACAGGGAAGCAUUUGAGAUAGAGCCAACAUCAGGAUGGAUUAAGGUCAAGUCAGGCUUGAGUCGAGACAGUGCUGCCGCGAUAGACUUCAAUGUCAUUGUUAGGGAUGUGAAUGCUGAGAACAACCAGGAACAAACAGCCAAAGCCCUUGUGAUAAUUACAAUCCUUGGGUCAGCUGAUUUGACGCCAUACUUUGCCCCUCCCUGGUCCCUCACAAACCCCACCUACUAUUACACCCUCCCAGAGGAGCUGGCCAUUGGCACUGUCACAUCUACCCUCAUUGCCACUGAUCCCAAGGGUCCUUUCUCAAUAAACAACUUUCAGGAAGUGGCCGAACCCAAUGGAGGCGACUUAGGGGAUUAUUUCUCUGUGAAUCAAACAUCAGGUCAAAUCAAGGUGAACAGGCGAUUGGACUAUGAAAACCUUAACAUUAAACUCGUUAAGUUCCGAGUGAGGGCUUUCUCAAGGGAUGGCCUCAGGAGUGUGGAUGCUAACAUCACAAUUCAAGUGCAAGACAUUAAUGACAAUGUCCCACAAUUCUCACAAUCUAAGUACACAGUGACUGUCUCAGAGGAUAAGGUUUAUCCCUAUCAGAUUGCCUCAGUCUUUGCUCGAGACUUGGACAGUGGAAGUUACUCUGAGAUUCAGUAUUCUCUCAGUGGUCAGGGUCAUGAGAAAUUCAUGAUUCUUAAGUCGGGACUGCUUUUGAUCAAUAAUGGAACAUUUCUGGAUCAUGAAACAACCCCUGAAUACAGUCUUUUGCUCACUGCCCAGGACAACCCUCAAGCUUUAUCUUCAGAGGUUCGACAGAGGUCUUCAGUUCCGUUGACGAUACAAGUCACUGAUAUUAAUGACAAUGCACCGAGCUUCUCAAGCCCUGAGUACUCCUUCUUAACAGUUGAGAGUUAUGACUUGAACACAAACAUUGGGGAGGUUCGUGCUGUUGACAGGGACAGCGGAGUCAAUGGAGAAAUCGUUUACACCAUAGAUUCUGUGGAACCUGUCCCAAGAACACCAGAGGAGGACUAUUUUGGGAUUUCAUCAGAGAGUGGCAUGUUGUACAGCAAGAACUCCCUGCGUGGUGCCUCAUCCAAGUCCCCCUACAAGCUGGUGGUGAAGGCCCAGGACAAAGGAAGCCCCGUCCUAAUGAGCACCACCAUAGUCAACAUUAAUGUAAGCAGCGGGCAGCUGGACAACGGCAAACCUAUCUGGAUUUCCCCCCGCUUCGGAGAUUCCAAUGCUGUGACUAUAACAAACCUAACUGAGCACGCUGACCUUGGGACAGUGGUGAUUCGAGCCCUUGCUGUACCUCGUACCCCUGGAGCCUCCAUUGAGUACUCUAUCCUCAGUGAUAAUGAAGAAACAACAGAGUUCGCCAUUGAUAAGGACACAGGAAUUGUCACUGUGGCACGUAAUCGUACACUGGACAGAGAAAAACAAGAAACUCAUGAUUUGAUUUUGCUGGCAACUGAUACAUUGAACAGAACUCUACAGAGCACUAGACUCUUGUCUAUAAAACUACAGGAUAUAAAUGACGAAGAACCAUCUUUUAAUAACUGCCCCAACAGACAGUAUGAUGUCCCAACAGAGACAUCAGUGCGUGAGGGUGAACCUGUAGGGACGCUGGUGUAUACAGCCGUGGCUUGUGACCUAGAUAAUCCCCCUUACAACACUGUUCAAUACAGCUUCUAUGAAAAUAGCACCUUAUAUUGUUACCCAAACAUCACCCAGAGCUUUAAGCUGGACGCUUCUACUGGACAAAUCACCACAAACAAAAUCCUGGACAGAGAAUCUCAUACCACCUACCUCAUCUGUGUCAAGGCUUCAAAACCGGGACAACGCAGGAAGCGAGAACUUCCCAGCAGACAGGAACUAGAGGCACACCUCCGGCAGUAUUCUACUGGGGAUGUCCUAUUCCUCCUGGUGACAGUGUCUGACAUCAAUGACAACAAGCCAACAUUUGCUAAAGCCAAUGUCUACACAUACAUCUUUUCCUAUCCUAUAAAAGACACAGUAUUCCAGCAGACUGCUAGUGAUCCUGACCUUGGGGACAAAGGUCGUGUCCGUUAUAGCAUUAUUCUGUCUCAAUAUGUUAACACAGCCAAAGGGAGGAACAUUUCCGUGUUUGAUGCAUUUAAAAUUAACUCUGACUCUGGCCAGGUGUCAGUGGGUUUCCAGUCCUACAAGUAUUUCAUUGGUGGAUAUUUUGAGCUCACUAUAAAGGGAGAAGAUUACCUCAAUACCAAUAUGUACAGCACGUACAAAUUGAAGAUAUAUGUUGGUGAAAAAACAAGCCAAGUUCGAGUUGUAAUGGAUGCUGACGCAAAUCGUGACCAACAGCUGUUUGUUGAGACCCUAGAAAAGAAUUUGAAUCAGAAUUCCCGAAAUGCACUGUACAUUCCAACAAACACCCGUUACCAUAAGACUGCCACAGGCACCAGUGUGAAUCAGAUCGACAUAUGUUUCUUUGUUGUAAAGAACAACCGAGUGAUAGAUUCCUUUGAUGGUACUACAUCUCUUAAUGAAGUUCAGUCCAUCUUGUCUUCUCAAAACCUUUAUAGCCCAGGGCCCUGUGAGCCUGCCACAACAAAGUCCCUGGAAGGCUGGUCUGCCUAUUGGUGGGUUCUAGUGGCCUUCGCUAUAUUCAUGUUCGUCAUCAUCAUCAUACUUAUAUUUGCUGUUAGAGCUCUGUACAAUGACUAUAAGGAAUCCAUGCUAGCUAUUACAAAGGUGCAGUUAGUUCAGUAAAGAGAAGAGAACGUUAUUUUGUGAAAAAAUUUAAAUUCCUGUCACCUUAUUUGGAGAAGACUUGAAUUUACUGCAACAUGUGAAAUUUCUUUAUUCAGAUGUGAUUUUGCCAGACCUUUUGACUGAAAACAGAUCACUGAAAUAUUUGUAAAUGGAGAAUGAGAGUGUUCAGGUCAUGCUGUUGACUCCAAUAGAUUUGUAUUAAUUGUAAUAUACUCCAGGUCAUAGAAUCUUGAAGUAGUCUUGAACUUGAGUUAAAAUGUUCAUAGUCUUAAAAACACAAAAAUUAAUUUGGUUUUAUAAGAUUUGUUGAUUAGAAAAUAUUUUUCUAAUUAGGUUUAUUAUUGAAGAUCAAAUUAUUGAUUAAUUUUAAGAGUAUUCAUGAUCCAAGACCUGAACAUAGAUUACCUGUAUUACUGUAACUGCUGUUGGGUGUAAUCUCUGAAUUGUAACUUGCCAUUACCUAGCUGCAGAAAUGUAGCUCUAUGGAAAAAUUGGCCUGUCAACCUGAAUUUGCCAUAGAUGAGUUGAUUUUUUUCUUAUAUAUUAUAAAAACUUCAGUUUUUGUAAGUACCGGUAAUGUCGAUAGUGCUGUUUGAUUGUGAUUAGAGUGAGAGGGAAUGGUGAAUGCUAAUCUAUUCAGAAAAUGCUGUGAAGAUACUCCGACGUUUUGUAGAGGAAGUUUAAUAUCAAAUACUGGAAGCCUUUUGAAAUACAAUUUGCUGUCACAUAUUUUGAUUAGUGUCAUUUUGGGAAGGGGUGAAUAAGUACAGGAACUCAACAAAAGUGUAGAAAAAGGGGGGAAAUUAAUUUACUGUAAUAUCUCAGUUAGUGAUAUUUUCUAUAUUUUUAUAUUAUUUAUACAUGUUUGAUUAUCGAUGCAAUUUUUGAUAUAAAUAUUUUUAUACAUAUAUAA